CCCUAGUUUUCUUAUCGCGAGAUGUCUCUGUUUAUUUCUCAGGUGCGAAUCAAGUGAGCCGAGCGAAAGCGGCUGAUUCCUGGUGAAUUUGAGUGGAAAAAAGGAAACAGCUUAUGAGUCAAAGUUUUGGCUCAAGCCUUUAGUUUCAACUUGUGAUUAAAACACUAUCAUAACAUUCACAAUGAAUGAUUCAUUUUAGUGAAACGUUUCAAAGUAUAUUUAAAUCUAUCAAUCUAAUUGAUUGAGUUGUUUAUCUUUAAUCUUGAUUCUUAGUUCAUCUUUAGAAUUAAUUUUAAAAUCAUUAUUUUUCUUUAGAAAUUAUGAUUGAAAUGAAAACCAAUGUCAUCGAAACAGGGAAAAUUCCUGAUGCCUCUGAAUAUAUUACCGAACGAAGUAUUUUAUUACAAGUUGCCGAAUCUACGUACAGAUUUUUCCUCGGGUCGAUUGCUGGUGCAGCGGGUGCCACCGUUGUCUAUCCAAUCGAUCUGGUUAAGACUCGAAUGCAAAAUCAACGAACUGGUCUCAGUAAAGCGGGUGAAUUAAUGUACAAGAAUAGUUUUGAUUGUGCUCGUAAAGUGAUCACCAGGGAAGGUGUUUUUGGCCUUUAUCGAGGAUUAGCUCCACAAUUGGUCGGUGUUUGUCCAGAAAAAGCAAUUAAAUUAACUGUGAACGAUUUUGUCCGCGAUAGAUUAACAUCAACCUCUGGUAGAAUCACUUUACAAUCGGAAAUAUUUGCCGGAUGUUGUGCUGGAGCUUCUCAAGUGAUGUUCACUAAUCCUUUGGAAAUUGUUAAAAUUCGUUUACAAACCGCUGGAGAAGUUCCAAAUUCGACUAAACUUAGUGCUGGAACAGUUAUCAGAGAACUUGGAUUUAAAAAUUUGUACAAAGGAGCUUCAGCUUGUUUUCUCAGAGAUAUUCCCUUUUCCGGAAUCUAUUUUCCCGUUUACGCUAAUUGCAAGUUAUACUUUGCUCCCGAUGGACACAAUUCACCAGGAACCUUAUUGUUAUCGGCCUGUAUAGCAGGUGUACCGGCUGCUUAUUUAGUUACUCCCGCUGAUGUGAUAAAAACUCGUCUUCAAGUGGCCGCUCGACAAGGACAGACAACCUACAGUGGCCUUUUUGACGCUGCGCGUAAAAUCAUGGCUGAAGAGGGAUUCAGUGCUUUUUGGAAGGGUGGACUGGCCCGAGUAUUUCGAAGUGCACCUCAAUUCGGGUUUACUUUAUUAACUUACGAAGUGCUACAAAGAUUUUUCUUUAUUGAUUUUUCUGGUCGCUCAUAAACGAUAAACAAAGUUACUAAAAGAUACCUUUCAAGGACAAGAAUGUGCCUUAUUAACCUGAUUGAAGAAUUUAUCCAGACUAACGGAAUUAUUUUCGUAUUAUUAUGAUAAAAUAAAUAAAAAUGGUCGUUGAUUAAAGGUCGCUACCCGAUCAGUUGCUGCUUCAGUCACGGUUGCAAGUAGUAGUAGCGGAGAAAAGGGAAAAGGUCGAAAAAAGUAAAACCAACACAAACAAUUUUCCUCGUGAUUCUCAGAUUGAUUAUUUUGGUUUUCUUUUCUCUCUCUCUCUCUUUUUCCAUUCAUUAAUCAAUUGCAACAUGUUCAUUUCUCGAAAAUUGUCUCAAUCUUCUGAAUUAACAUGUCCAUCAUUCACUCAGUUAAUAUAAUGUAUUAUUAUAUUGUCCACAUUAAAGCGAAAACAAAACCAUUUUUGCCAUUGAAA